AGUUUCCAUCACCCCCUACCCUGCCCACACCGCCCCAUAUAUCCCUCAUCACAUCACCUCACACCUCUCGCCCCAGCAGCAGAGAUGCACAAUCGUACAUGUACUGUUUAUUACUAAAAAUAUAGAUACAAGUGGUACGGAGAUAUUUAUACAGAAAAAAUAAAAAAAUCCCAGUUUAUGCGGUUCUUUUGAUGCCCAAAUCAUGUUUUCCUGAGUUCUCUUGAUCCGUCUUGAAUUACCCAUCCCUAAAGUUUUGAUCUUUUUGAAUUUUCCGGGGAAAAAAAUCGGAUUUUUUGGCGUUUUGGAUACUGAUGACAAUGGGGGUUGACAAAAAUGCGAGUGAUCGGAAAGGAAAGAGCGUGGAGCCCAGUAAACACCGGAGAGGGCAACAGAAGAGAGUCAUGGCGGUUCAGAAUCUGUAUGAUACUUGCCGGGAAGUUUUUGCGAAUUGCGGCCCCGAUAUCGUGCCGUCGCCGGAGAAUGUAGAACGGGUUAAAGCUAUUUUGGAUAAAAUGUCGGCGAUGGAUGUUGGGCUUAGGCCGACCAUGCCUUACUUCAAGCCAACCAUGCCAUACUUCAAGCCAACCGGAAACGAUGGGCCUCCUGAAAUCACAUACAUGCGCAUCCAUGAGUGUGAUAAAUUCUCGAUAGGAAUCUUCUGUUUGCCCCCGAAAGGCGUUAUUCCUCUCCACAACCAUCCCGGAAUGACGGUAUUCAGCAAGAUUCUUUUCGGAAAAAUGCACGUACAGUCCUAUGACUGGGCGGAUGUUGGCCCCAGUGAUAAGCCUCUAAAUGCCGGCAAUCCCGAUGGAGUUCGUUUGGCGAAAGUGAAGGUGAACUCGGAGUUCAGUGCCCCUUGCGAGACUAACCUCCUCUACCCCAACGAGUGUAACAUGCACUGCUUCAGGGCAUUGACAGCUUGCGCCUUUCUUGAUGUGCUUGUCCCGCCUUACAAUGACCUCGAAGGUCGCCAUUGUCAGUACUACAGCGACUACCCUUUCGCCAACUUCUCAGAUGAAGGUGCAGCAGGGCCCGAGGUGGCUGAGGAUCAGAAGGAAAGCUAUGUAUGGCUCAAAGAGCGGGAGAUGCCCGAUGACUUGAAAUUCGUCGGGGCAUUGUACAAUGGACCAAAAUUAGUGAAGUGAGCUAAUCCAUCACCAAACGAAGCCGGCUUCUCAUCAUACAACAUGGCUCAACCAGAUCACAAAAACAUCGGUCUUUCUUUCCUUACAUGGCUCAACCGGAUCACAAAAACAUUGGUCUUUAUUUUCAGUUGCGCGUAGAUAAAGAGAAGAGAAUAGAUGGGAGGGGAGCAAUCUUCUGUCCUGGUUACAGCAGUGGGGUGUACAUAAUCAGGCUAUUAAAGGAACAGAAAACCAUUGCAGUAGAAAGUAGUUUGGGGAAGGAUGCUAAAAUAGCAAAUUUCUUGUUCCUUUUGCUUCUUUUAUUGGUAUUCUUGUGGUUUCAAAAGCUUUGUAUAUUUGGAACAGAACAAUAACCUGGUAGAAAAAAAAAAAAACAAAGUGCAUCUUUUACCUGUCUCA